AUGGUGCUUUUGACGCAUUCCACAGUCUCUGUCAUUUUAUCAACCGGCGUGGUGUCGAUCUUUACCUUCUUAUUAUUUCUAUCUGGAUAUGCGCUUCAGCAGCAAUCUGUUCGAACCAUCCAGCAUGUCAUUCGACCUCCGGAGCAUCCAAAAGUAUACAAACGAAGUCAAGACCCUCAGUCUAAUUUCGACCUCGGGGCAGAACUAGAAGAAACGCCUCAAGUGCAGACUAAGAUAACACCUGGAGCGGAAGGCAACUAUGCCUACCUGCAACUCCUGUCCGAUCCUGAUCCCUCCAACAUCUGCUCCGCCAUCCUAUUCUUCAAACAACUGUCUACGAAUGAAAGCGCGAUCCACGACCGCCUCUUCAUGUACCCAUCAUAUUGGGAUACCAUGACUCUUUCCAAACCAGUUUCAGUAGCUCUAUCUCUUCUCAGAGCCGCCAGUCUCAAAUACGACAUAUGGCUCUUACCUAUAGACAUGUCGGCUGCUACAUCGGCUGGCUACACGGCGACAGAUACAAAACUACUUCGCUUAGGCCAGAUCCAGUUCAUGCAGUAUGACGGCGUGCUCUACCUUCAGACACCUGGACUACUUCUCGACUCAGCCAAGUUGGACUCCAUGCUUCUCUCUCGUCCUCUUCCUCUACGGCAUGACAAGAGCAGGGUCGAAUCAUACAACAAUGAGGCGUGGAUCCCUAUGCCUCUGCGCGCGGAGCGAGACGCAAAUCUUCCUCCCGUGUACCUUGUUACCGUGAACAGUAUCGAGAAUGGCAACAUUGAAGCCCGCGGUCACAUCCCCAAUCUGGCAUUGGAAGGAUUCGGGCGGAUUGUCACUGGACCUUGGGGCGUUUUGGCUGAGUCGGAUACUAGCCCUGACCCUGCGAAGCAGCCUGGGUAUGUAUGGUUUGAACGAGAUAACGAAGGUAACGCGAAAUGGGAAAAGAAUCCAUUGUUUGGCUCCUGGAGAGCACAACAACAUGAGAUAUGCGAGGGGCUGGACUUUGAUGUGCGCUAG